UCACCCAGGUGUUUUGCUUUGCUUUUCGGAAGAGCAUCAGCACGAGAACACACACAACAAGAAAAAUAUAAUCAAAUUGCGAUUUUUUGCGUUUUAGAAGAAAAAUCCGUGGCAAUUUAUUUUACUCACAUUGAGUCGAAAUUAUUCUGAGCUGUAAAAUCCGCGAGCUUUCUACCACAUUUCAAAUUUUCCUCACAUAAAAAGACAAAAAUGAACAUUCGUUGUGCAAAGCCGGAGGACCUGAUGAAUAUGCAGCACUGCAACUUGCUGUGCUUGCCGGAAAAUUACCAAAUGAAAUAUUACUUUUACCACGGGCUUUCGUGGCCACAAUUGAGUUACGUCGCUGAAGAUGAGAAUGGGAAAAUUGUCGGCUACGUCCUUGCAAAAAUGGAAGAAGACAGUGAAGAUGAUCCUCAUGGUCACAUCACUUCUUUGGCCGUCAAGCGGUCUCACAGGAGACUGGGUCUCGCCCAAAAGUUGAUGGACCAAGCAUCUCUCUCCAUGGUCGAGUGCUUCAACGCCAAAUAUGUUUCUCUUCAUGUGAGAAAAAGCAACAGAGCUGCCCUCAACCUUUAUACAAAUACCUUGAAAUUCACUAUUUCCGAAAUUGAGCCUAAGUACUAUGCUGACGGUGAGGACGCUUAUGCGAUGAGAAGAGAUUUGGGCACUUUUUCCAAGGACGACGUCAAGCCAUCGAAAAAUGCCAUAGAACAUGGGAAACAAGCUGAUUAAUUAAGUAUGUCUUCUUCUCCAAUAAAAUUCAAUUUGACACUUUUCAAUCUGUAAAAACGUCUAAUGAUUCAUGAUCAAGUUUUUCACAAUACCAAUUUUAAUAUACUAAACCAAAUUUCAAGCAAACGAAAAAUUAUCAUUUUUGUCAAAUUUUCCGUUUUAAAAACUGAAAUGCAAAUGACGAAUUUGUCUUGAUAUUAUUUGUGCGGAUU